AGUCUGUUAAAGAUCAAAAAUCUUCCAAAGAAAUUGUCAAAAUUGUUGAGGAACCAACAUCAGAGAAAGAAGAAGCUCCUCAACAAGUUGUUGAUACAUCAGAGAAACCAAUUACACCAACAAACAAAGUAGGAACUGUAAGUGAAACAGUGGACUUAAUUGAUUUAUCAGACGAAGAAACUCCAGCAAAUGACACUGAAAAGUCUCCAAAACCAGUAGAAGAAGAAGAAUCUAAAAAACAUGAUAAACCUAAAACGAUCGAAGAACAAGCACUUCCCAGAUCAAAAGAAACUACAGAUUCUAAAGAACCGGAAAAAGUCAAGGUGACUGAAGAAGUUAUUAGUUCGAAUAUUGAAACCUUGUCAGAAGACAUAGAAAUCCCCGAAGUCACAACAGAAGUUCUUGUAGAAAAAGUUGUUGAAGUGGCAGCAUCACUUGAAAGUUCAAAAUCCAAGGAAGAAAAUCAAGAUGCAAAUAAAUCAUCUUCAAAUGAAGAUCCUGAAAUUAUUGAAAUUGAUGAUGACGAUGAUGAUCCUCCGCCAGAAGAGAAAAAGUUAGAAGAAAGUUCAAACAAAGAAGAAACGAUUACAUCAUCAUCAACAUCCGAGAAAGAAUUAAGUGAAAAGAAAAACGAAAAUGAAACAACAAAGACAACUGAAAGAAAAGAAUCAAAUGAUGAUGAUAUUCCCAUGGAAAUUGAUGAAGAACUUACAAAUCAUCAACCAUCUCAGAUACCAGUAGAAAAACCACUAGAAGAUAAAUCUUCAGAUCAAGAUACCAACAAAGUUGAAGAAUCUGCUGAUGAUUCAAAAAAGAUCGAUCAAGAAAAUACUUCAGUUCAAGUUCUGGACGAUGAUGAAGAACCACUCCUAAUGAUUGAUACUUCACACAAAGAAGACAACGACAAUGAGAGUAUCAUGGACAAUGAAACAGCCACAUCAGCACCAUCAACUGAUUCGAGUAGUGAAGGUUCUUUGGAAAUAUUCUAUGACAAAGAAUGUGUCAACUAUGAGUGCAAACGGGGAACUAAGAACUUUUAUCGGGCAACAGUGUUUGCUCUGAAUUAUUUCAAAAUAUCAAAGAAACGCACUAAGACACAGUUUGUUUGUGAGGAUUGUUAUGAUCGAGCUUUAGGAUCAUAUGAGGAAUUGUGUAAAACUCUGAAGCAGAAACAGCCUCUUUUGCAUGGAACAACAUUUAAAACUCAGGAAUUUGUAGAAAUUAUUGAUAGUAGUGACGAGGAAGAGAGUGAUGCUGGAGGAGACAAAAUUAAAGAUGAAAACACUCUACCCAAGGAGAGCAUUGAAAUGCUUGAAGCUGAACUUGAAGGUGCAAUUCGCAAAGUCAUGCACAAUGUUGACAUUCAAAAACAACUCUCAUGGACAAAGCAAAUAUUACAACAACGUCUUACGAAUCUUCAAGAAGAUUCCGAUUUUGUCUCUGACCAGUUACGUGCUCUCCAAAGAAAAGCCGAUCAUAUGCAUAAUUCUCUGUAUCAGUGUCCAAAAAUUAAACUUCGUCAAUUGACACCUUUGGAUUUGAACAGUGGUCGAAUGUAUAAUCCAGAAUCUGAUAAUGCCUCAAAUAAAUCUGUUCAACAGAUGCCACCGCCAGGAGAAAUUGUUCGUACGCCAAUUUGUGUGAAUGAACAAUAUUAUGCUGUAAAGACCAAAGCUAUUGCUAGUUGGGUACCAUGCAAAGUAAUAGAAGAAGUUGAAGGUUAUCCAAGUGGUUACAAUCCAACGAAAACUUAUAAAAUUCGAUUUACAAAACUUGCAAAGUAUCCAAUGUUUAAGACAGUUUAUGCUAAACAUAUGGCAUAUUAUGAUCCGCCAAGUGUUAGAUUGCCAAUUGGAUCUCGUGUAAUUGCAUAUUUUGAUGCGACAUCUCUGUCAAGAGGAAAAGAGAAAAUGCUUAUUCCAAGUGCAUUUUAUCCAGGUAUUAUUGCAGAACCACUUAAACAAAGCAAUAAAUUCAGAUACUUGGUGUUCUAUGAUGAUGGUUAUUUCCAGUAUGUAAAUCACAAAGAUGUACGUUUAGUUUGUCAAGCUUCAGAAAAUGUAUGGGAAGAUGUACAUCAUCAAUCUCGUGAAUUUAUUCACAAUUAUUUGACACAAUAUGCUGUAAAUAGACCAAUGGUACAAACUCAAAAAGGUCAGAGUAUGUUGGUCGAUUAUAAUGGCAAAUGGAUUUAUGCUCGUGUCAUUGAUGUCGAUUGUAGUUUGGUACAAAUGUUGUUCGAGGGACAAAGUCGAUCCGAAUGGAUAUAUCGUGGAUCAACUCGUUUGGGACCUGUUUAUAAGGAAUCGAAUAAUCAUCCACAAAAGAAUACGCUUAAUGCUACAAGAAGGCGCACAGAGCCCUUUAUUCGCUACAUUAACGGAGAUGAUUCAUCAUCAUCACAACAAGCACAAGAAUCCCAACAAGCCCAGCCGAAAGCUACUGGAAGCAGUGAAAUUCGUUCAGUUGCAAAGAAGAGUGUUAGUCGAGUUGAUAAUUCAAAUAAUAACAACAACACUCCCAGCAAUAGCAAUGCUGCACAACAACCAGUGCCAACGGUGCGUCAUUUAAAUAAUUCAGUAAUAUUUGUCGAUGAUGAUAAUAAACCUAAAGGAAAGGUUGUCUACUACACAGCAAGAAAGAACUUACCACCACGUGAUUAUGUUCCACAUAUAUGCAAUCCAGCUUGUCCGUUCAAUAUUACUCACAAUCUAACAUUCUAUAGUCCUUUGGCUAAACCAUUAUUAUCUGGCUGGGAACGACAAGUAUUUAGACAAAAGUCAAAGAAGUUUAUUGUCUAUCGAGGACCAUGUGGUAAACGAAUGCGUAAUAUUGAAGAACUACACAGAUAUCUGCGAGUCACUGACAAUGAAUUGAAUGUGGAUAACUUUGAUUUCAGUCCUGAUACAAAUUGUUUGGCUGAAUAUGUUCUCGAGAAAUGCCUUGUUAACAAAAAGGACAUCUCAUGUGGCAAAGAGAAAAUGCCGAUUCCUUGCGUUAACUAUUACGAUGAAUCAAUGCCACCAGCAUGUGAAUAUUCUGCUGUGCGCAUACCCACAGAAGGUGUUCCCUUGAAUUUGGAUGAAGAAUUCUUAUGUGGCUGCGAUUGUGAAGAUGAUUGUUCGGAUAAAACAAAAUGUGCUUGCUGGAAACUGACUUAUGCUGGAGCUAAAUACGGAAUGCCUAGUGUCCCCACUGAAAUGGUUGGCUAUCAAUACAAACGAUUGUAUGAACAUGUACCAACGGGAAUUUACGAGUGCAAUUCAAGAUGCAAAUGCAAAGCAAAUUGCGUGAAUCGUGUUGUACAACAGCCUCUUCAAUCAAAAUUACAAGUCUUCAAGACAUCAAACCGUGGUUGGGGUCUGCGGUGUAUAAAUGACGUGCCUCGUGGUUCUUUCAUUUGUGUCUAUGCUGGUCAAAUGCUGACAGAACAGGUGGCCAACGAAGGUGGUCUCGAUGCUGGAGAUGAAUAUUUUGCCGAGUUGGAUUAUAUUGAAGUAGCUGAACAGAUUAAGGAAGGCUAUGAAUCAGAUGUUCAUGAACCUGAAGAAGAAGAGGAACUUUAUAAUCCUGAAAGAGAUGACGAUGACACUGAUUUCCGGGCUUCAUUAUCUUUUAAAGAUAAAGAAUUUAAUACUCGUUUAAGAGCACGAAGAAGUAAUAAAAACAGUACAGAUGGUGAGUGUGAAUCGCAAGAAAGACAAGUGAUAAGCUUUGAACCGAACAAAAAUAUGGACACAUCAACUGAACCCAAUGAAAAACCAACUAUUCGAAAAUUGUUUGGUAAAGAUGAAAGUUGUUAUGUUAUGGAUGCCAAGGUCAGAGGGAAUCUUGGAAGAUAUUUUAAUCAUUCCUGCUCUCCAAAUUUAUUCGUGCAAAAUGUUUUUGUUGAUACUCAUGACUUGAGAUUCCCAUGGGUGGCAUUCUUUGCAUCGACUCAUAUUAGAGCUGGCACAGAACUUACAUGGAAUUAUAACUAUGAAGUGGGCGUUGUACCCGGAAAAGUAUUAUAUUGUCAAUGUGGAGCGCCCAAUUGUCGACAGCGUUUGCUUUAAAAAGUGUGUGUGUGUUUUUUUUUAUAUAUAUAAAAUGUAAAGCGAUUUUUCUAGGAAUUAAAGGUCGAAUAUAUAUGUAUUUUAGCUUGUCCAUAAAAAGAAAUUUG